CGCGGGUGUUAGGUUAGCGCGAGGCGUGACCUAGUUGACAGGCUCUGAGGUGCUGCUGUGGUGGCGGCCGCGGGGCUGAGGCGGGUGGCAGCCGGAACCGAGUGCGUGCUGAGGGAGGAGGGCGGCGACUGGAGAGCGACGAGCGGCGCGGGACCCGGAGUCUCUUACACUUUUUCCUUCCCGAGCGCCCCCUCCCACCCCUCCUACUCCGCAUACACCCUGUUUGCCCGUGAGCCUGGGGAACUUGCAGCUUAAAGCCAGCCACCCCCACAGCAACAUGUACCCCAGCAACAAGAAGAAAAAGGUGUGGAGAGAGGAGAAAGAACGUUUGCUGAAGAUGACCGUAGAGGAGAGACGCAAAGAAUACCUAAGGGACUAUGUUCCCUUGAACACCAUCCCGUCAUGGAAAGAGGAGAUGAAGGGCAAGAGCCAAAAUGAUGAAGAAAAUACUCAGGAAACAUCACAGGUGAAGAAAAGUUUGAGUGAAGAAGUUUCUCUCUAUAGAGGUGACAUCACAUUGCUAGAGGUAGAUGCUAUAGUCAAUGCUGCAAAUGCCAGUCUUCUUGGAGGUGGAGGUGUGGAUGGCUGUAUUCACAGAGCAGCUGGCCCCUGUUUGCUCGCUGAAUGUCGCAACCUGAACGGCUGUGAAACUGGACAUGCAAAAAUCACGUGUGGCUAUGACCUGCCUGCAAAAUAUGUCAUCCAUACCGUAGGACCAAUAGCCAGAGGCCAUAUUAAUGGUUCCCACAAGGAAGACCUUGCAAAUUGCUAUAAAUCAUCUCUGAAACUGGUGAAAGAAAAUAACAUCCGAUCAGUUGCAUUUCCCUGCAUCUCAACAGGCAUUUAUGGUUUUCCAAACGAGCCUGCUGCAGUCAUCGCCCUCAGCACCAUUAAAGAAUGGCUGGCCAAGAAUCAGCACCAGGUGGAUCGGAUCAUCUUCUGUGUCUUCCUAGAAGUCGACUUCAAAAUCUACAAAAAGAAAAUGAGCGAGUUUUUCCCUGCAGAUGAUAAUAAUGAAGAAGAAGACAUUGACAUGAAAGAAGAUUCAGAGGGGUUAGAGCCAAAAGACCGCUCUCCACCCAACAAGAAGAGCAAAGCAAAGAAGCCAGAAGGCUCCAAAGACUCUAGCGAGGAUGAGAACGGUCCACAGGGAAAGCCAAGUGCCAAAGAAAUGGAAGGGCAGAGCCAAGAAGCAGGUGGUGCCAGCGCUGCCACCGUGCCCAGCCCUUCUUCAGAAGAGGCAGCUGAAGUCUGUAAAGAUGAAGAUUCUGCAAAGGAUGACAAUAUUACAAAAGAAAAUGAAGUAACAGAUCACUCUGCAUGUGGCCAAGAUCAUCCCAAUGGACAAAAGAAUGAUUCAAUGAAGAAUGAAAUAAAAAUUGAGGCAGAGUCCCAGAGCUCAUAUAUGGAAACAGAAGAGCUUUCAUCGAACCAAGAAGAUACCAUGAUCGUGGAGCAGCAAGAAGUGAUUCCACUAACAGAUGACCAAGAAGAAGAAGAAGGUGAAAAAGCUCAAGGCGAGGACACACCUAGAGUUCCUGUGAAAAGCGAAGGCUCUGGUGACACAGAACAUUCUACAAGUCCUGAUGUUGAAAUGAAUAAUCAGGUUGACAGUGUAAAUGACCCAACAGAGAGUCAGCAAGAAGAUUAACUAAUAAUAGGGGCACAAGAUGAAGCAAAGGAACAAAGAAAUGGAAGUAAAUGACAGUCCUCAGCAUUGCAGGCCUUCUGGCCCCGGGGGGUGGAAAAAGACACCUGCGCACCCUGUGGGGGAGGGUGGGGGGAGGCGAGUCCCAUGGAAGGAUAGGGAAUCCUUUGCUCUAAUUUCUCUAGCCGCAUUUUGUUCUGUUUACCGGCAGAAAGAGAAAGAAAAAAAGGAAAAAAAAAAAAGUUUUAUUUGGUGGGGGGACCCACGUGAAUGCAUCUUUCAGGCGCUAUCCCUGUCAUUUCUGUCUUUUCUCUCACGACUCUGCCCCAGGGUCCCAGUGGCACGUGUGACAUACAUGUGUAUCUUGGCUCCUGUCUGCUUUCUCGGUUAUUUCACAAAGCUGGUUGAUACAGUGGUUUCUUCCAAGAAAGAGAAGGAAGGUGACUGUUUGGUAAGCUGCAGGCUGCAUUUCAGGAACCAUCAAACCCUGUAUUAGUAGAAUCCAUGGAUGAAGGAGGCAGGAUAGAAAAUAGGCAAAACCAUCAGAAAUCACUUGGAAAAAGUUCAGGACGAUGAGUUAAAAAUGGUGUUUUAUUCAGGGAUUCCCAAGGUACAGUGUUGUUCCGUGUGGUUGUCAGGAGGAUUGUGGAAGUAGAGUUUAACCCGGAGCAGAGCGUGGAGGCAUCACAAGGAAUGUGGGCCCUGGCUGCCGUCGGGUCUUCCUUGGUAGCAGGACGGCAGGUGAGUUCUUCUCUGACACCGACUUUCAGCAGAGCUCACCUGGUUCAGGAGGGCUUCACAUGGAGCCCCCCUGGGAGAUGUAACUCAUGACACAAUUGUAAGGGGUGGCGCUUUUCUAGGCAUUUUAGUUAAGAGACAGUGGGCUGCUGCAUUUAGGAUCCAAGCAUCCGCCUAUGAAUAUGAAAAGUUCCACUUGAAAUCUCUCUCUCUAUAUAUGCUUGUCAUAAAAGAACAUCUUGUCUUUACCCAGGGACUGAUGACCCACAGAGCAGAUUCUCAUCUGAAGUUAGAGGCAAUUAGAGGUCUUGCUUGUAGUUCUGGCUUCCUGGUUUGCUUUUACAUGGUGUGUUUUUGUUCAUGCUGAGUCCAAGACUAAUUUGAUGGCUAGUCCCCUCUCCCAGUGCACACUGAAGGGAAGCAGCAGUACUAAUAAGCCAAGAUGUCAGUGAUACAGUGGGCGUGAGGGGUGAAGGGCCCGGGAGGAAGUCAGAAGUUGUCACAAAUGUCUAUCCCAGGGCCAACAUGGACAGAAGCCUCAGGACGCAACACACCUGAUUCCCACAGCCUCCCUGGCUCUAAGACCAGUCUGUCUGUUUCUGGGGCAACUCACAUUAUUUCUUCCAUAUCUUCUUAAAUCCACCUUCCUUAUAAGAGCUUUAGAAUUGUAAGUAAGUUAACUGUAUAUUUUUUCUUCGUAGAGGGAGAAAAGUAAUGGGUCAGAUCGAGCGUUUCUACAAUAAACGGGUGUUCUGCUUUCCAAAUAUUCCAUGGAGUUCUUCAGUUUUGCUCUUUCCUCUAAAGAAAAUUCAUCUUCUUACCUUCCUAUGAAUUUUGUUUUGGCCUUUCUGAAUUUGUUGCCUCUCUGGAUGGCUUAUUUGGUCUAUUGGAGUAAUUAACAAGUUGUAUUUCUACCUAUGUAAUAUGUUUUAACACCCUCAGUUUUUUAAGCUGCUCAUCAACCUAGCAGCAACAAUAUUUAAGUAAGUGACCUCAUGAUUUCAGAACAUGGUCAUUUCCCCUUCUGCCAUUAUUCCACGGUUUGAUACGGAAACUGAUAUGUCCUCUACUGCCAUUAGACAUCGCUUUGUAGAAAAGCAAGGAAAAGCCUCGUUUUAAAUAAUCCAAGAAAUGAUGCCACGGGAAUGCUGACAGUUUCUAUAUUUCAUGUCAUCUUUAUAACUUAACUGAAAGUCGCCAUCAUUCUUGUGAAGUACUUGACAAGCACAAUCUUCUGGGAGCACAUUUUCCUAGGACUCCUAAGCGUUAGUGCUACUCGUGCUCAGUAAUGAGUUAAGUUGAAAACAACAUGAGGAGGCAGGAAGGAUGGAGAUUUUCUUUAAUGGACAAAGAUGAAAGAGACCUAAUGUCUCUGGUAGGAACAGUUGGGAUCAGAAUUACUUCAGUCCUGGUUGUUGCCUUUGACAUCAAUGAUAGCCAUUGAUUCAUUUUCAAUGCGGGUGGGGUAGGAAUGAGAGGAGGGAGGGCUCUGCCUGAAAACUAUAGAAAAAGAAAGUCAUCAGCUCUGUAUCCAGGAAACUGAGUGAGGAGUAAGUAUGAUCAGCCCCACUCUUGAAUUUGUUUACACUUGACUUUACGAUUAGAUUGUGUUUUAAUUUUUGCCUCAUUUUGCUUUUGGGUUGCUAUUUGGCGGUAAGAUUUUAUGCUUUAGGACAAAUAAUGAAGUGAAUUUCCAUUUCAAUAGUAAAAUAUUAAAAAUCUAGUUCUUGGCCAGAUCGAAGACACCCACAACACAGGAAACCUUUAUUUCACUGAUGCUGUCAUUGCACAGACUGUACAAUGAAAAGUUUGAAAGGCUGAUUGAAUUCUCUGGAACAUGAGUUCUGGAUGUCAGUUUCCAACCACAAUCCAGCCAGACUAGGUGGUAUGAGGGUUUACAGGAGGGAGAGUGGGAUCAAGGUAGGCUUUCCACAUAAUAGAUCUAAUUAAAAAGGUACUUGCUGUAGGAGAGACAAAGGGUGUGUCCUCUAGCUGGUAACUAUUCAGACGAUGGACAAGCCCUCUUUCAUAAAACUUACAAAGGCGGUGUCCAAAACACAGUCUAUGAUACUGGGUCACCUAUUAGUCAUCGCAGCUAAUUGUACAUCUUUCUAUGAAACACUGAAAAGCCUCUUUGUGAAUUAAUACAGUUCUGCUUGAUGCAGUUGAUUUGAAAUGACAUGUCUCUGUAUGUGGUGCAUGUUGGCUUUGCUUUGACAAAUAACAAAGUUAGCAGAAUAUGUUCAAUAUAUUUUCUUGGGGAAUAGGGUUUUUAUCAUACGAUUCAUUAAGGAUUUGCCUUACCCUGACAUUUGUGAUAUAAAGGAAAAUCAGAAAAAAAGUAAUUUUCUUGACCAAGAUAUGUUUUUACUUAAUGCAAAUAAAUGUAGUCUGUUGCUUGCAAGGAAAAAAAAAUGUCUUCUGAGAUCUGGUAUAAACUGCUAAAUAGAAUAAUAUGUGCCUCUUUUGUUAAACCAGCAUUUAAAUACUGGACUGCUUCUAAAUAUGUUUGUUUCUUUUCAUGUGUGCCAUACACUAAAAAACUUAAACAACUGUUGCCUUCAUACUAUAUUUGU